GGCGUCCGCCUGGGGCCGGGCUCGUCAUGGCCGCCAUGCCGUUCGGGGCCGCGGGCGCCGCAGAGGAGCCGGCUCAGCCGUCCGGCUCAGCUUUGCCCGCGGGCAGCCUGGGCGCGGCCGAUGCCUUCCCCAAAGACUUCGGCUACGGCGCCGACGAGGACGAGGCGGGCGAGGAGGACGGGGCCGAGCUGGCGGGGGGAGGCGGCGGGGGCGGCGGGAUCGGCCUUGCGGGACCCGGCGGCGGCGGCGGCGGCGGCGUGCUGGGGGCCGGCGGGGGCGACUCCUCCAAGCAGCCCCGCAUCCUGCUGAUGGGGCUGCGGCGCAGCGGGAAGUCCUCCAUCCAGAAGGUGGUCUUCCACAAGAUGUCCCCCAACGAGACGCUCUUCCUGGAGAGCACCACCAAGAUCCACAAGGACGACGUCUCCAGCAGCUCCUUCGUCAACUUCCAGAUCUGGGACUUCCCCGGCCAGAUGGACUUCUUCGACCCCGCCUUCGACUACGAGCUCAUCUUCCGAGGCACCGGGGCGCUCAUCUACGUCAUUGACGCGCAGGACGACUACAUGGAAGCACUAACCAGGCUCCACAUUACGGUUUCCAAAGCCUACAAAAUCAACCCAGAAAUGAACUUUGAAGUUUUCAUUCACAAAGUGGAUGGCUUAUCGGACGACCAUAAGAUUGAAACCCAGAGGGACAUCCACCAGAGAGCCAAUGACGACCUGGCCGAUGCCGGCUUAGAGAAACUGCACCUGAGCUUUUAUUUGACCAGCAUCUAUGAUCACUCAAUAUUUGAGGCCUUCAGUAAGGUGGUGCAGAAGCUCAUUCCACAGCUGCCCACUUUGGAAAACUUGCUGAAUAUCUUUAUAUCAGAGAUGGUGAAAUUGACACCAAGAGAUUUUGGGGAAAACUGUUGCCUUCAAAGCAGAGGUGGGUUGGAGACUGCUUAAUCUUGCUGUCAGACCUACCUCAAUCUCAAUCAGCUCUUUUAAAGUUUAAGACACUGGCUGGAUUAUGUUCUAUCGCUCGAGUUUGCAUUAUAUUGAAUUCCAAAAUGAUGCGGUCACUCUCGCCUAAAUGUCCGUCAGCUUCAACUC